AUGCUCUCUGCAUCUGUCUCCAAUGACACCACUUUCCACCCUUCCACAUUUAUUUUACUCGGAAUUCCUGGGAUGCAAGAACAGCACAUUUGGAUUGCCAUUCCCUUCUGCUCCAUGUACAUCUUUGCACUGGUUGGCAAUGGCACUAUCCUGUACAUCAUCACGACAGACAGAGCUCUGCACGAGCCCAUGUACCUCUUCUUGUGCCUGCUUUCCAUUACUGACCUGGUACUCUGUUCAACAACAUUGCCCAAAAUGUUAGCGAUCUUCUGGCUUAGGUCCCACAUAAUUUCCUAUCAUGGCUGUCUCACCCAGAUGUUCUUUGUUCAUGCAGUUUUUGCCACUGAGUCAGCUGUUCUGCUGGCCAUGGCUUUUGACCGCUAUGUGGCUAUUUGUCGUCCACUUCAUUACACAUCCAUCCUCAAUGCCACUAUGAUUGGGAAGAUUGGUCUGGCAUGUGUGAUUCGUGGUCUUCUCUUUGUUUUUCCCUUUGUCAUCCUCAUCAAGCGGUUACCUUUCUGUGGACACCAUGUAAUCCCCCACACUUACUGUGAGCACAUGGGCAUAGCCAAGCUGGCCUGUGCCAGCAUCUACCCCAACACCAUUUAUGGUCUUACUGUAGCACUUUCCAUCACCGGCAUGGAUGUGGUUCUCAUUGUCACCUCCUACAUUGUGAUUCUGCAGGCUGUGCUUCGACUGCCCUCUAAAGAUGUCCAAUUCCGAGCAUUUAGCACUUGCGGAGCCCACAUUUGUGUAAUUCUUGUCUUCUAUAUCCCAGCCUUUUUCUCUUUUUUUACCCACCGCUUUGGCCACCAAAUACUUCCUCAGGUGCACAUUUUAUUUGCAAAUCUCUAUCUACUUGUGCCCCCUGUUCUCAACCCUCUGGUCUAUGGCAUUAAUACCAAACAGAUCCGCCUGAGAAUAUGUGACAUUUUCAUCUGGAGGGGGUAA